CUUGUGAAGAGAUGGGUAAAAAUACAAGCGGGACCCGCCGGUCUUUUCUCCGCAUCGCCGGAGCUCGUCCGACACCUGGACUGUCCAGCAUUUCGCAUUUCUCACCUCCCCUUCCACUCCACGCCCAGCUAUACGCUCAACCAUCUCACGGCCUCGCCCACUAUGGCCUCAAUUCGUGCUAAUUGCCGCAAAAUUAUGUGUAUCGGCCGUAACUAUGCGUGCGGCGUCAGCGUGCACUACGAAGUCGAAUUGGGUCUGGUCAUUGGCAAGACCGUGCGCGACCUUGACCCCCAGGAUGAACAGGGUGCAUUGGAUGCCAUCCAGAGCUACAUCCUUGCUAUCGACAUGACCGGCCGCAACGUGCAGGACGAAGCCAAGAAGAAGGGUCUUCCAUGGUCUAUCGCCAAGGGUUUCGACACCUUCCUGCCCAUCUCCCAGGAGAUUGCCAAAUCGCGAAUUCCUAACCCCCACGAUGCCUUUCUGCGUCUCCAUGUUGGAAAGAAUGAGCGACAAGCGGACUCGACAAGUCUGAUGCUGUACCGGAUUCCCCAGCAGCUGGCGCAUAUUUCUCGGAUUAUGACACUGGAGAAGGGUGAUAUUGUGCUGACGGGAACACCUAAGGGAGUUGGCCAGGUCCAUGCAGGAGAUGUCAUGCGAGCCACUAUCGAGGUGGGUGGCAAGGAGAUUGAGGAAGGACGCAUUGAGGUAGAAGUCCAAGACCGAGAGGGCCCGUAUGAGUUCAAGGAGACUUAG